AUGGGGGCGCAGGAGUGCAUCCACGCAGAUGAUUUCCCGGAAAUGCCCCAUGACAACCGGAGGUUCCACAACCACCGCAGGCCCCAUGAUGACCGGAGGUUCCACAACAACCGGAAGUUCCACGACAAACAGAGGUUCUACAACAGCCGGAGGUUCCACUACAAUCAUAAGAUCCACCACAACCGGAGGCUCCACAACAAUCGGAGGUUUCGCAACCAUCAAAGGCCUCAUGACAACCGGAGGUUCCACAACAACAGGAGGUUCCACAACAACAGGAGGUUCCGCAACCACCGCAGGCCCCAUGACCACCGGAGGUUCCACAACAACCGGAGGUUCCACUAUGAACGGAAGUUCCACUACAACCGGAGGUUCCACAACAACCAGAGGUUCCACAACAACCGCAGGCCCCACUACAACCGGAGGUUCCACAACAGCCGGAGGCCCAACAACAACCGGAGGUUCCACUACAACCGGAGGUUUCCUAACAACCAUAGUUUCCUCUACAAUUGGAGGUUCCACAACCACCGCUGGCCCCAUGACAACCGGAGGUUCCACAACAUCCGGAGUUUCCACUACAACCGGAAGUUCUACUACAAACGGAGGUUCAACAACAACCAGACUAUCCACAACAACCGGAGGUUCCACAACAACCGGAGGUUCCACAACAACCGCAGGCCCAACAACAACCGGAGGUUCCACUACAACCGGAGGUUCCACUACAACCGGAGGUUUCCUAACAACCAGAGUUUCCUCUACAAUUGGAGGUUCCAUAACCACCGCUGGCCCCAUGACAACCGGAGGUUCAACAACAACCGGAGGUUCCACAACAACCGGAGGUUCCACUAUCAACGGAAGUUUCACUACAACCGGAGUUUCCUCUACAAUUGGAGGUUCCACAACCACCGCUGGCCCCAUGACAACCGGAGGUUCCACAACAUCCGGAGUUUCCACUACAACCGGAAGUGCUACUAUAAACGGAGGUUCAACAACAACCAGACUAUCCACAACAACCGGAGGUUCCGCAACCACCGCAGGCCCAACCCAUAUUGGAGGUUCCCCUACAACCGGAGGUUCCACUACAACCGGAAGUUCCACUGCAAACGGAGGUUCUACAACAGUCGGAGGCUCCACAACAAUCGGAGGUUUUGCAACCACCGCAGGCCUCAUGACAACCGGAGGUUCCGCAACAACCGGAGGCCCCAUGACAACCGGAGGUUCCACAACAGCCGGAGGUUUCCUAACAACCGCAGGCCCAACAACAACCGGAGGUUCCACAACAACCAGAGUUUCCACUAUAAACGGAAGUUCCACUACAACCGGAGGUUCAACAACAACCGGAGGUUCCACAACAACCGGAGGUUCCACUAUAAACGGAAGUUUCACUACAACCGGAGGUUCCACAACAACCGGAGGUUCCACAACAACCGGAGGUUCCACAACAACCGGAGGUUCCUCUACAAUUGGAGGUUCCACAACCACCGCUGGCCCCAUGACAACCAGAGGUUCAACAACAACGACAGGCCCAACAACAAGCGGAGGUUCCACUACAACCGGAGGUUCCACAACAGCCGGAGGUUUCCUAACAACCGCAGGCCCAACAACAACCGGAGGUUCCACAACAACCAGAGUUUCCACUAUAAACGGAAGUUCCACUACAACCGGAGGUUCCACAACAACCGGAGGUUCCACAACAACCGCAGGCCAAACAACAACCGGAGGUUCCACUACAAUCGGAGGUUCCGCAACAACCGGAGACCCCAUGACUACCGGAGGUUCCACAACAGCCGGAGGUUUCCUAACAACCGCAGGCCCAACAACAACUGGAGUUUCCACAACAACCGGAGGUUCCGCUACAACCGGAGGUUUUAUGUCAACUUCAGUUCCAGCGACGACCGGUUCUCCUGUCCUCCCAGUCAAGGCACAUGUACAAUUCAAGAUCAUCUCCCAUGGAGAAGUCAGCAACGGAACCAUAGCUUCACUCCUUGAUCAGUUCCUCAGUAGUCAGUUCCCUGCUGGAGAGGUUUACAGGCUCACGGUGAAAAGUAUCGAAAGAGUGCCGUAAUGAAUGCAGUUAAUUUCUCACACGUUUACAUCAAUGAGUUGCGAAAAGAAACACAACUGGACAAGAAAACGUCAUAGUAAAAUGUGAUCUGAAA